AUGCUGCGGCGUUUUGCAAUCAUCGCCACUCUCGGCCUCGCCUCGGCGUUGCGUCCGACGCCGACGCACCUGGCGUUCGCGCUCUCGCAGCCUGCGCUCUCGCGCCGCGCGCUGCUUCCGGCUCUCGCUGCUGCCGCCACCGUCCGGCCGUCGCCUGCACUUGCCGCCGAUGCGCUCGAGCAGCACACGACUGGCUCGUACCAGGUCACGUUCGGUGCACCAGCAGGCUGGCCUGUCAGCGAGCAGGAGCUCCAGGGCAGUCGCUACCUCUACAUCGCCACCGACCCGGCCGAGCCAGACUCCGCCAACGUGGUUCUCACCUUCCAGCCGCUCGCAGCUGACUACACCAGCCUCGGCAGCUUUGGCACGCAGCAGCUGGUCGGCAACUCGCUGAUGCCGCAUCUAGGUGCCUACACCUACGACUACACGAUUCAGCAGACCGGAAAGGCGCCGCGCCACCUUCGCACGCUGUUCGCGGUUCAGACCGAGGAGGGCCGCGGGCGCCGGCUGGUCACGCUGACGGCGCAAUGCUACGAGUCGAAGUACGCCGAGCUCAAGCCGAUGUUCCAAAAGGUUCUCGAGUCCUACUCGACAUCGCUCAAGUAG